AUGUGGAAUGUUCAUUCGAGAUUUUUGGCACGAACUGUCUGGGUUCGAAAUGGCGAAGUAGAUUUAGCAUAUCGAGCAUUGAAUCGUGUUCUCAAUAAUGAAGAUGUGUUUAAAACUGCUCGUCUAUGGGAACGAUAUGAAAAGCCGUUUCGCAAACGUGGUCGACUUUGUUAUGAAAAAGCACACGAAAUUUAUAACUAUGAAAUGGAACGAAAGAUUAAACUACUCAUGCGCAAAAAUCGAACGAAUCCAUGGCCAUGGAAUUAG